CCUUCUCUCGUUUUAGUCUUACAUUAAUUUUCUUUUCAUCUUCUCUCUUUUCAGUUUUCACCCCCUUCCACAAACCCUCUAUUAAUUGGUUUCAGUCUUUCAAUCUCUUCCGACCCAGAAAGUUUAAUUGCUCUCGAUUUCUUCUUUCAUGGCUACCCAAAUCACUGAAAGCGAGGAUCAGUUCAAGGUAUGGAGAGGGAAAAAUCUGGAACCCAAGAGGCAUGGUGGAAUAAGAGCUGCUAGUAUUGCAUGUGUUGUGGAGGUGUUAGAGAACAUGGUGUUCUUAUGCAAUGCCUCAAAUUUCGUCACUUACUUCAUAAAGUCCAUGCAUUAUCCACUUGCGACGGCAUCCAACAUGGUCACCAACUUCGCGGGCACCUCUUUUCUCCUAACCCUUUUUGGCGGUUUCAUCUGCGACUCUUUCCUCACCAGAUUCACUACUUUCAUUCUCUUUUGCUCCCUCGAGUUACUGGGACUUGUCCUACUGACAAUUCAAGCUCAAACCCCAAGGUUACAGCCAGCAGUGGGCAAAACUCCUUCUUCUUCUCAACUGGCUUUUCUGUACACUGGGCUUUAUGCCAUGGCCACGGGUGUCGGUGGCGUCAAGGCAUCGUUGCCUGCACAUGGUGCUGAUCAACUUGAUCGCUCCAAUCAGAGACUCAUAUCAGCCUUCUUCAACUGGUUCUUUUUCGGGCUGUGCAUGGGCGGUUUCUUGUCCUGCACUAUCAUGGUUUGGAUUCAAGAGAACAAAGGCUGGAACUGGAGCUUCAGGAUUUCAGCCGUAGCACUCAGCUUAGCACUAGUUAUUUUCGCUGCUGGAUUCCCUAUUUAUCUAUUCAAGCUUCCCAGUGGCAGCCCAUUCACAAGAAUCUUCAAGGUGCUUGUUGCUGCUAUUAGAAAGAGAAGACACUCGAUAUCAGAUGCAGAGAUGAAUCUUCAUGCAUUAUCCCCAGUUACAAGAGCACAGAAGAAGUUCAGGUUCUUAGAUAGAGCAUUAAUGGAUGAGAACAUAAGUGAAAACGACGUUGAAGAAGCAAGAACAUUCAUCGGCCUCCUCCCCAUUUUUGCAAGCACAAUCUUUAUGAGCUGCUGCUUAGCUCAGCUCCAAACAUUGUCAGUUGUGCAAGGAAACCUAAUGAACAGAAAACUGGGUCACAACUUCACCAUCCCCGCUCAGUCAUUGACAGUCAUCCCACUCACCAUCAUGCUUUCAUUCAUACCCUUAUACGAACACGUGGUGAAAAUGUUUGGAAACAGAGUUUCAUCCAAGUUCAACGUGUUUAAACCCCUGAAAAGAAUUGGGUUAGGACUGAUGCUGGCAUCAGUAGCCAUGGCAAUAGCCGCAGGAGUUGAAGACAAGAGGCGGAGGGUGGCAACCAGUGAUUCCCAUAAGAUAAUCUCAGUGUUCUGGUUAGGGUGGCAGUACUUGCUGCUGGGCGUGUCUGAUAUGCUGACAUUGGGAGGGAUGUUGGAGUUUUUCUACUCGGAGGCACCGGCUAGCAUGAGAAGCAUCAGUACAUCACUUUCUUGGGUCUCCACUUCAAUGGGUUCCUUCUUGAGUUCAGUUCUGGUUUCGAUUGCCAACUCGGUGAGUGGGAGAUAUGGGAAAGAAUGGCUGGGAGGAAACGAUUUGAAUCAUAAUCGUUUGGAUUUGUUUUACACCCUUCUCUGUGUUCUUAAUUUCAUUAAUUUCUUCAACUAUGUUUUCUGGGCUAAGCGCUAUUAA